AUGCACGCGCCGUUAGGACAUUUCAUACUAUCUCGCGAUGAGGACGAUGGAGCAUCACGGGGACAACAGGCAGUGGUGGUAACAGGCGUAUUGACCGGACUGGCGAUUCUAAUCGUUGCGAUGCGGCUGUUCGCGCGGAUCGGCUUGAUGAAGCUGAGAGGUCGCGAAGACUACACGAUCGUCGUGGCCCUGGUCUUUUCAAUCGUCUACUUCGCAUUGGUCGUUGCCCAGGUCCAUUUCGGUCUUGGAAUACAUUCCGAUAAACUUCCUACUGCUACACUGAAACAGCAGCUCAAGCGACUCUGGAUAGCGAUUCCGUUCUACAAUGCGAGUAUGGCUUUUAGCAAAUUCUCCAUUCUGUUUCAAUACUUGCGCAUCUUUCCCAGCCGCCGGUUUCGAUUUGCUUGCCACACCGUGAUGGGUAUCGUCGCAUUGUACUCGACAUGGGCUAUUGUCAGCGCAUUCGUGAACUGUGUUCCUAUAGCGAGGUUCUGGGACCGAGAUAUUCCCGGCUCCUGUCUCAGUUUCGAAGCUGUCUGGUUCUUUAACGCGUCCAUGAACAUCGCUACCGAUCUGACGCUGCUUAUCAUGCCGAUGCCACUCAUUUCUCAACUCCAACUUCCCCGUAUGCAGAAAAUUGCCCUCAUGGCUGUCUUUGCCGUCGGUUUACUGGUUGUUAUCACCAGCAUCCUUCGUCUGUCGAGUCUACGAACAGUCGCUCAAAGCCCAGACACGUCAUACAGCAACGUAGGUGCCGCCUACUGGACCGCGGCUGAAUGCAAUGUCGCCAUCAUAUGUGCUUGCCUCCCCUUCCUUCGACCCCUUAUCAGCCGCAUCUUCCCCAGACUACUGUCCACUAAGAGCUACAACAAAUACACGGGACAACCGACGAUGGGUACAGCCAACCGGUCACGGAGGACUCAGCUCUACUCGCGGGACCGGGACUAUGGCCUGUACACCAUCGAUAUCGAAGCGACUGAUGUGAAACGAGGAUCUACGGGAGGCAUCGAGGUCACCACAGAGAUGACGGUACAGGAGUCCUCGCAGCACGAUGAGUCGACGAGUCAGCGGCGGCUAGUGAUGCAAUAA